GAAAGUCUGAUUGCAUUGAUAGUGAAACUGUUGAUCUUGUGUUGGUUCAUUAUACUUGUGCAGAAGGAAACAUGGUAAAGAAGGUCGCGGUGGUUACUGGAGCGAACAAAGGUAUCGGGUUCGCUAUAGUGAAGGGUUUGUGUAAAGCUGGGUACGGUGGAGAUGUUCUCCUCACCGCGAGAAAUGACAAACUGGGUGCCGAGGCGGUGGAGCUGCUCAAAUCUGAGGGCUUCCAAAAUGUCGUGUACCAUCGACUGGAUAUCUGCGACCAGAACAGCAGCUUGGAACUGAAGAAGUUUCUGCAGCAGAAGUAUGGAGGUCUGGAUGUUCUCAUCAACAACGCUGGAAUCGCCUUCAAAAAUAACGCCACUGAACCUUUUGGAGAACAGGCUGAAGUCACCAUGCAUACCAACUUCUGGGGAACACUGUGGGCGUGCCGUGCUCUCCUGCCCAUUCUGAGACCCAAUGCUCGUGUGGUUAAUGUUUCCAGCUUUGUCAGUAAGCGGUCUCUGGAUAAAUGCAGCCCGGAAUUACAGGCCAAGUUCAGAAACCCAGACAUUACAGAGGACGAACUGUGUUUACUGAUGAAAGGAUUUGUAACUGCUGCUCAGAAAGGAGACCAUGAGGCUCAGGGUUGGCCAAACUCUGCAUACGGCACCACCAAGAUUGGCGUGACGGUGCUUUCGAGAAUCCAGGCCCGGGUCCUCAAAGAAACCAGAGCCAGUGAUGGUAUCCUCCUGAAUGCCUGUUGCCCGGGCUGGGUCAGAACAGACAUGGCUGGUUCAAAUGCCCCCAAGAGCCCUGAAGAAGGAGCCGAAACGCCGGUGUACCUGGCUCUCCUGCCAGAGGGAGCCAAAGAGCCUCACGGACAGCUGGUUUGGGACAAAACGGUGCAGGAAUGGUGAAGGGACGAUAAACGAUUUGUCAGUUCUUCUUCUAAAAAUACAUUUUAAUCAAUGUAACAGAUUAAACCAUCUUACAGAAUUAAAAUGUUAUGGUACUACUUACUGACAUUUUCUACUAAAAUGAAAUAAAACUGUUCAUAUAAUCAGCAA